CUUUACUGAGAGAGUGGAGUGGUCCUGAACAGAUGUCUUAGGCGCUCCUCACAUUUGACCGGAGAAAGUGUUUAAAGCUGCUGCAGCCUGAGAGAGGAUGCAGUAGUGGAGAGCAACACAAACUACAAGGUGAUUACAAUAACUGGAAAUCUGACAGUCAAGAUGAUGGCCAUUGAGAGCAAAGAGGAGAUCAGCGACACAGACAGUGGGAUUAUCUUGCACUCUGGUCCAGACAGCCCAACGUCUCCAGUGAAGGACCUGACAACACACACCAGAGCCCUGAAACUGAAACAUCAAUCUCUGGAAGAGCGUCUGGAGCUCUGCCUGCUGGAGCUCCGAAAACUCUGCAUCAGGGAGGCUGAACUGACAGGCUCAAUCCCCUCAGACUUUCCUCUGAUGCCUGAUGAGAAACCACCUCGUGUUAGAAGGAGGAUCGGAGCUUCUUUCAAGCUGGAUGAAAGUCUGAUUCGUCAGGACCAACAGGAUUCAGAGUUACAAGCGCUGGAAACCGACUUGGCGGUCCAGCGACAGAUUUAUGAGGCGGCCCGAAAGCUCUCCCUCGAGGAGAACCUCAGUAAACCACAGAAGAAGAGCCGGCUCCAGCAGUGCAAAAGGGAGGAGAAGAAAGUGAAAGAUCUACAGGAGGCCGUUUUCCAGCACAGGAUCAAGAGUGAGUGCAAUUCACCCUGCAUUUCCAUCUCAAGCAGCCCAAGUAAAGAUACGUCUGAUGACAGCUCCCUUUCUGAUGUGGUGGCUUUGGAUGAUGACGUAGAUUCGUCUUGCCCACUCUCACCUCCAGCGUUGGACACUUCAGAUUCAGAGCCUAUGCAGUCUCCCCAUCAGUCUUCGGGUCAGGCCACUGUGGAGUAUGAACGCUCUCCAAUCCAGAACUCUCCAUGGAAAGAGUCUAGUCUGGAUCAGCCUUACCAGAGAGCAACCAAACCUCAGUCAGCUAACAGAAGCAGGUCCAGUAGUCCAGCAGGAGCUCCGGUGUCUGCAGAAAGCUGCAGGAUUCCUCUCACUCAGUUUGUCAGGAACUCUGCUUUGCGUAACAACCACUCCACUAGUGCCCCCUCCACUCCAGAGCUGCUCGUACGCCGACAGUACUCCCAGUCCUUCAGACUUCCCAAAAAGAAGCUAUCUGUUGCCGUGGAGCGGCUCAGCUCAGAAGGCUGUCGUGGGCGAGCCAGGCUCCCUCAGCAGCGGUGCGUGCCAGAAAUCAUGGUGCGCUCUCCAGAGUUCUCCCCUCCGCGUCCUUACCAGUCCAGCUCAGAGGACAGCAGCUCGGAGCACUCAUCUUCCUCCUACAUCUGCUCUCCUGGAAAAGACAGACCCACGGAGAUUCCCAAGCUCUGUCCCCCUCCUUAUGGAUUCCACUUCGGGACACAGAAGAAGGAACUCUCUUGUUUCCGCAGCCUCCUCCAGAGCACCAGCCAGCCUCAGUCCAGCCCUGGACAUGCCAGACCCACGGCAGAGAACGGGCCUCUGUCACCUCAAGACAUGGAGAUGGGAAAGAGCUUCCAGACCACACCACCUGGGGUUCGCAAUCUGCAAAGAGGAACUCCAUGCCAGAGGAGCAUCCUGAAGCCCCCUCCACCAUACAUCAGGCUGGUCCGAACCCCCUCGCUGAAAGACUACCCGAACCACGCCUUCAGGCUGAUGCCUCGGGAGAUCGUGUCAGAGGAGCUGAAGUCCUGGCAUCAGAGGAAUCAGCUGCAAAAGUUCUGGCUGAACUGUGGAGAACAUCAGAGCAUCACCAGCCCCACCUCACCUCACCUGCCUCCUUUUGAACAGGGUUCGGGUAACGUGGUCCUCCAGAGAGCUGCAGACGGGACUCCAGUCCAGUGGUUUGUGGCCGAGGAUGCUGAAAUCGUGAGCCAGGUGUAACCUGCACCUGUCCAGCUUGUUGAGUCAUUCCUGUUUAUUUAUCUCUGUAUUUAUUGAGACUUUAGACUCUCUGUGAGAUUGUUUGUUAACAUGAUGCAGAAAAAGUGGAGCUAUUGGUACCUGUAUGGUAAUUAUUUAUAAUUUAAUGCAAGGUGGAAUGGCAGUUUUAUUUAUUUUAGGUUAUCUCAUAUCAGACUGUAGCUGAAGCAAGGCUCAUGCAAUCUCAUAAAUGUGUUAAAUGGAAUUUGUUUCUUGGUUUUUUGGGGGUUUUUUGUGGCUGGCACAGUUUUGGACACAACAGGCACCUCCUGUAGCUGUCAAAUAGGUUUCCACAUUCUUAAUAUAAAUUUUGACUAUAUUUAUGAAAGGUGUUACUCUGGCAACAUAGAUUUAUAACAAAAAUGUUGAUACAUUAUCGGACCAACUGAAGUGUUUAAUCUGAUUUUAGUAUUUUGAUGAAUCUCCGACCCCUUUAACAGUGGUUUGAUGAAUGUUUUUAGCUGCAGCAUGCUGUGCUCUUACUAACCGCAUGAUUGUAUGAGUGUUGAGAUAUUUUAUGUAUAUUUAUAAUAAAGAACAUGAAAAAGA